AUGGCGUCCAAACGUCCGAUCUCCUUCCUGUCUCUCCCAACAGUCCUCCGCGCAUCAACACCUACCACCACCAGAAUACAAUGCCGGCACCUCCAUCGACUCAAUGCGCCAGCGCCAAAGAUACCUUCUCCCACUCCUUUCGUCCCUGAUGCGGCCACUUUCCUGACACUCAUCGGCCGCAACAUGUCCACCCACGCCGCCAAGAUUCCCUCCUGGGACGCUCUCUUUACGCUCUCCUCCCUGCAACUCCGCGAAGCUGGGAUCGAACCUCCGCGAGCGCGAAAGUAUCUCUUGUGGUGGAGGGAGAGGUUUCGAAAUGGCAUCACAGGGAUCGGAGGAGAUCUGAAAUUUGUGGAGGAUGGGAUGGCCGAGUUGAGGAUUGUGGAGGUGAAGGACGAUGCACGGCGGGAUGCUGGAGACGCAACGGUCACAGGUGGAGAGGGCAUGAGGAAGGUCGUUGUCAACACGCCGCCCACGAUAUUGGGGCAGGAAGGCAAGGUGGGAGUAAUGGCGAGACUGGCGCCGCCGCCGGUCAUGGACGCCGCGAAGGUGGUGCCAGUUAAAGGCGUGAGAAUUGUGGAGGCAACGAAGAUUGGAGGCACGGGAGUCGAGCCCGUGAAGAGACAUCAGGGAGUCGCGAGGCUGAGGGUGCAGGACGGUUUGUGGGAGCAGAGGAGAGGACACAAGGUUGACGGCGGCGAGCGGAGAAAAGCUGAGGUGAGGGCGAAGCGGCGGGCGGCAGAGAGGAAGGCGAGGUAG